AUGGGACAGUCGUCUUCCACGCAAAGAGACCAGCGCUACGACACCUCUCCAGACCUCCAGACCUCUUCCCACGAACGGCGCCGUCAACUCCCCAGGGAUGAAACCAUGAAUGAAAGACAGGAUUUCGAGCAGACCGGGGAAUCUGGGCCGCAUUCAGGUUCAGACAUGAACGGUGGUGGGCUUCAUGGCUCUCCGCCCAGUCAACUGAACCCCGCGGCGCCAGAGUGGCAACCGACAAACGUGCCAGCUAGAGAGCAGCCAGUGGAUACGACAUCUAUGGACAACAACACCCACACAAAUGGAACGCACUACGAACCAGAUCAGCGCGAGCACCGGUCUGCAAUAUUUGCCCGCAUGGCCGCGAGGAGACAGUCCACGAUGUCGCGGUUGGGCUCUAGAAUCCUUCCAAAUUCUGUCAUCCGUGGGCUUCUCAGUAGCGAGGAGGAAACCCCAGCCGAAGGUCACGCGCAUCGGCACGGAAUAGUAUCCAGAACCAUCCCGAGGUCUGAAGUUGCCCACAGCAGCAGUCGCUUCAACCCUUUGGCUUCUCUCGGUGCGAGCGGAAUUCCCCGGCGGCGUCGCUCCACUCGCGGACCCUAUUUCAUUCCACGCAGUGAACCUGGUUUGAUCCCCGACACCCACGCAGAGCAUGGUUCUGAUGCUGCGAGAGGAUCGUGGCGGAGAAGCGCUCGUCUUCAUCGUGUCCGGAACUCUUUGUCGGGACCAAUCGCUCAGAUGUUUGGCCAACCGUCAGGGCAGGCGGGAAAUAUGCAGGAGCCAGCGCCUUUGGGUUCCAUGCCCCCCUAUACGCCGUUCCUUCCACAUCCGGGACCCAUGGAUACCCGCAUGGAUUUCGACGAGCCUCACGAAUUGGACUCUGUGGAACCAGCAAUAGGAGCCACACGCCCAGCGUCGCCUAUGUCGUCACACUCUACCCAAGGACCAGCCGGUUUGCGACAGUUUCCCAGUCUGUUACGAGCGCGGCCGACACGAUCUUUGCAGCGGGAGGAACAGACACCGCUUUCGCGCGUUCUUCAGCUGGCUGCGACUGCCAUCGCUGCACAACUUUCUGGAUCGGCUGCUCCGGUCAUGCCUAACAUUCAGUCUCUCGGAAAUGAUGGUCUUGAUGGUUCGCUAGAGAAUUUUAUCCAGAGCCUCCAGCAUGCUACCUCUGCACAGACAUCCCCGAAUGAAACGUCAGCGACCCCAAGUGAGACUGGCCCGACGGCUCCCGUCAACUUCCUGCGUGUUUUCCGUUUCGCGAAUUCCGACAGCCCGCGACCCGCUGGCUUGAAUCGCACAUCGACAGAGUCUGAGGACCUGGACAGCGGUACCACGGACGGCACUCCUACUGAAAAUACCUCGAACGGUCCCGAAGGCCGCACCGUGACUCUCGUCGUGGUGGGAGUGAGGUCCGUUCCUCCAGGAAACGGGCCUCCCAACGGUGAAAAUGUUCAGCCCGUCGGUGGACAUGGCCUCGAUGCCCUACUUCGGCUGCCAUUCUUGUCACCAGGGAACCUGGCGCGAAAUGAAGAAGCAGCGCCUAGAAUCCCAUCACGUACCGAUGGCCUGCCUCGAUUUGCAACACAUCGACCCCAGGCAGGACAAUCGAACACAAUGCCUCCCAAUGAGGACAUGCCCCAGCAGCAGGGAAUCCAGAGCCCGUCAAGGCGUUUGUCUGAUGUCGGAAGCCGGGGUCCUCCUUCCUCGCUUCCUUCCAUCCUCUCAGAAAGCCCACCUGGCCCUAACCCUCCCCCAUCCACUCCAGCGGAGCCGGGCUUGUCAGCUGUAUCCUCCGGUGCUUCGACCCCUAGCCGGAGGCCAUCCUCUGCUUCGGUGAUGUCACCAACCCCUCUGCCACAGCUGGACGAGAACGGACCCAUGCAGCCUACAAUGGAACCCGCUGAUAGCAGUAUUCCGUUGAGCUCAGCUCAUCGGAGGCACAGGAGUGACUCCGAAUUUGCACGCCAUCGUGAUCUAGGCUCAGGGGCUGUUAGACGCAACGGGGUUGUCGAACCUGACAACGCACCGCCUCCUGUCGGUAGAAGCUGGUUGAUUUAUGUCGUGGGAACGAACCUCUCAGAAAACCAUCCGGCAUUUGCCACACCAAGUCUCUUUACUGACAAUCCAACUUAUGAAGACAUGAUCUUACUCUCGUCCCUCCUCGGCCCAGUGAAGCCCCCCGUUGCGAGUGAGCAAGAUCUCCACUCUGCCGGUGGACUGUAUCGACUCGUGGAAUAUGCUGGCUCUUUGGUUGCAGAAUCGGCGGAUGGUGCUGGCACCAUUCCGAUCCCUGAUGGGGACCGUUGCUUGAUUUGUCUCAGUGACUAUGAAGCUGCAGAAGAACUGCGCCAGCUAACCAAGUGCAAGCAUGUUUUCCACCGGGACUGUAUCGACCAGUGGUUGACUACGGGCCGAAAUUCUUGCCCUCUUUGCAGAGGCCAGGGUGUAGCAGAGACUUCAAAUUCGAAUCCCGAUCCAAUGUCGAGCGCACCGAACAACGCCACUGCAGCCUGA